CGGACCUCUCCCGGGGUGCGUGCUGACCAGGAUUUUGAGGCGAAUCCAACGGUGGCGACGCGGGCCUCCGAGGAGGCCCGAAAAAAGGAAAACGAGGGGAGGGUAAAGGUAUGGGGUACCUUUUCCUCCUCUGAAUUCUGAGCCUCCUCCGCAUGCGCAGAGGGCUCCUCACACGAGGGGCGGGGGGAGCAGGCGCGUCUCUGGCGGCGUCACGCGCGGCGAGGCACUCGGCGACGAUGCUUUGUUUGGCGGCGGCGUGCGAGCUCGCGCUCUCUGCCGCUCUCCGUCGAGGGAGUCUGGGGCGGCGAGGGCCUCCUCCGCACACUUGGCGUCGAGGACCUGCCACAGCGGGACCGCUCCAGAGCCAAGGUGUUCCACCGACCAAAGAGGACGGAGGAGGAAGAGGAGGAAAAAAAGAUGCUGCUGAGGAGAUUGGACGGGGGAGGAGGAGGGGGAGGAGCGCUGGCACGGCCGCCGCUGUCAUCUGUGCGGUCGGGAGGCCCCGCGCCCCGGGGGAGCCGCCGCCCGGCGCCCCGCCAGGCGGGCGGCCGCGCGCGCGAGGUGCUGCAGCGGCCCCUCCAGAGACGCGUCCUGCUCCUCAAGCGUCGGCAAGCCCUUCAUGGGGGACUACUCCUGGUUGAGGAUCAGCGAUACCACCAGCGCGAGGAUCAGGGAGCGCUUGGCCCCGAUGCCCACGGCCUUUACGUGCCGCAUGUGGCGCGCCUUGAGCCGGACGAUGCUGACCCCCUGGUCCGGGAGGCCCUUCCGAAAACACCAGUCCGAGAUCUCCUGGUCCGCCGUGUACUCGUACACCGAGUCGGCCUUGCCGGUGGUGCCGGUGGCCAGCUGGAGGAUCCAAGACACGUUCUCGUGGAAGACAGAGACCUUUUCCAGCCCCACCACCGGAACAAUCUGCCCCUCCGCCGAGUGGAUGAGGUCCAACUCGAUGCGAUCCUGGCCCACGCCGCCCUCUGGCGACGGCGACGGCGGCUGCGGCGGCCCGCCUCGGCGCCCUGGGGGCUCGCUCCGCCCCCGAGCGCGCAGGGAGGCUGUCUUCGACCGCCGGCGGGGCGGCCUCCGGCCCUCGGCGGCCCAGUCCUCCUCUCCUCGUCCCCCAGCCGCCGUUGCCAGCCACCGCCCCAGCCCUCCUCGGGCUGCCACUCGCACCAGUCGUCUCUCGGCUGGGAGCCCCCUGGGGGUCUCCCGCGCGCCCCCCGCGGCGCCGCCCUCCGUGUCCUCGGCGCCGUCGCCGUGGGCGGCGGGGCCCAGCGCGGACUCCAGGAGCUGGACGAACUCGCCUUCGAGCCUGUAGUCCCUCAGCUCCCGGAACAGGUGGCACACGGAGUCCUCAUCGUCGAGGGCCAGCGCCACAAUGACCGCCAUCAUCACCGAGCGCUUGUCGCUCUGAGGCCCACGGCCCGGAUAUGCCGCUUGCUUUCGUGCUUCAGCCUGACGACCCGCACCUCGUCGUCGCUGAGCCCGCGCUUGCGGGUCUCGCGGAGGAUAUGUCGAUGUCCUCGACGGACUCGAACUGCGCGUCCGCCUUGCCCCAGCACCCCACGGCCGACUGCAGCAUCCACGACGCGUGCUCGAGGAACGAGGACGCCGGCCCCAGCGACAGCAUCGGGACGGUCGCGCCGCUCUGCGUCUUGACGACUUGAGCGUGCUGCCGUCGUCGGUGGCGGCCCGGCCGCGGGGUGACCUCGACCUGCGCUGCGCCGGUGCCCAGCUCAUGCCUGCCCGGCGGGGGCCUCUCCACGACCGCCCGCGCCCGCCGGGCGGCCUUCCGCGGGCUCUGAGCCGAGACGGCCUUUGAGC